AUGGUCGCGCCUGAGCAAAAUGCCUGUGCCAAUCAUCAGUGUCAGAAUGGAGGUACUUGCAUGGCUAAUCCCAACUCGUGUUUCAACUAUGCAUGCCAGUGUCCAGCCUGCUACACGGGGUCAUUCUGUGAAAUAUUUUUUAAUCCAUGCAGUAGUUUUCCUUGUCAGUUUGGAGGAACAUGUUCGGUACUGAACAAUCAAUGUGAUCAAUACCAAUGCAGCUGUACCAAUUGCUACCAAGGACAGAACUGCGAAAUAUUUGAUGAUCAGUGCAGCCCAAAUCCUUGCCAGAAUAAUGGAUUCUGUAUCCGCACACCAGGGUCGUGCACUGAUUAUACAUGCCAAUGUCAGCUGUGUUUUGUAGGAGAUCAGUGUCAGACAAGAUUAGAUCAAUGUUCACCCAAUCCUUGUCUGAAUGGAGGUACUUGUGACGCUGUAGGAAGCCGAUGCUUAGAUAUCAUCUGCCGAUGCCCACAGUGCUAUGUUGGGGAUCGUUGCCAGAACAGAUUGGACCAGUGUUCUCCGAAUCCAUGUCAGAAUGGUGGAAUAUGUCAACCUGUCAGUGGCUCAUGCAUAGAUUACACAUGUGACUGCCCUGGUUGCUAUACAGGAAGGCUGUGUGAGACGUUGCUAAUGCCAUGUGCAAGUAGACCAUGUUUUAACGGCGGUUCUUGUUCAGUUAUGCCUGGAUCAUGUACCCAACACCAGUGUGCAUGUGCAGAUUGCUACAGAGGACAAAACUGUGAACAAUUCAUUGAUGCCUGUGAGACAAACCAGUGCCAGAAUGGAGCUGUCUGUGAAGCUGUACCUGGAUCCUGUGUGGACUACUCCUGCCAGUGCCAAGGGUGCUUUAGAGGACAGUUCUGUGAACAAGUGAUAGAGCCAUGUGAAAAUAAUCUGUGUCUGAAUGGAGCCGAGUGCAUUCCUACUAGUGGAACAUGUGAUCAGUAUACGUGCAACUGCAAUGGAUGUUAUACCGGACAAUUCUGUCAAACAUUAUUGGACCCAUGUCAAUCGCUUCCUUGUCUGAAUGGGGCUACCUGUAAUGCAUUGGAUUGUUCUACCCGUCAGUGCCAGUGUGCAAACUGUUUUCAAGGAGAUAACUGUGGCACAAGAGUAAAUCCGUGUGAGGGGCAGCCGUGUUUGAAUGGGGGUGUUUGCUUCAUAUCGGCUACCUCAUGCAAUGACUUCACUUGUCAAUGCACCAGCUGUUUUACUGGGAAUACUUGCGAGACAGAAAUGAAUCCAUGUGACCCUAAUCCUUGUGAAGCUGGUGGUGCAUGUCAACCUGUUCCGGGAAACUGUCAGCAAUAUACCUGUAACUGCCCAAGCUGUUUUGUAGGACAAGACUGCCAAACGGCGGUUGACCUGUGUACAACGGCCAACACUUGUCAAAAUGGGGCAACUUGCCAGCAGAAUACAGACUGUAAUGGAAUUCAGUGUACUUGUGGUCCUUGCCAUACAGGGCAACUUUGUGAACGAGCUAUCAACUUCUGUGCAUCCAAUCCAUGUCAGAACGGUGGAUUCUGUCUCAACGGCUGUCCAACAUAUUCAUGCAGUUGCACCAGGUGCUGGGAUGGAGACAACUGUGAAAUAGCUGUUGACUCAUGUAGCAGCAAUCCCUGUCAGAACGGAGGUACAUGUAAUAAAAUCUGUGAUGUCUAUAGCUGUAGCUGUCCAUCAUGCUUUACCGGGAUUCAUUGUGAGAUCAGGAGAGAUCUAUGUGCGGGUUUUCAAUGCUUCAAUGGAGGAACGUGUGUUCAAUCACCAGACUGCCUGUCGGCAUCCUGUCUCUGCCCAACAUGUGUAACUGGUGAUAGAUGUAUAACAAGAUUAAACCCAUGUCUUACAAACCCCUGUAGCAAUGGAGGUACUUGCGUACAGGAUCCCAACGAAUGCACAGGAUACACCUGCCAGUGUGAUGGAUGCUUCCAGGGUACAAACUGCCUUCAAGUCAUUAACCAAUGCUCACAGAACCCAUGCCAGAACUCUGGAAUAUGUGCCAGGUCUCCGGGAUCCUGUACUGACUUCACCUGUUCCUGUCAUCCAUGUUAUGAAGGCACACUCUGUGAACAAGCAAAAGACCCAUGUGCUUCAAACCCUUGCAUGAAUGGAGGUGCGUGUAAUGGAGUACCCGGAUCCUGUGUAGCAUACAUGUGUGAUUGCCCUGGUUGUUACAUAGGAAGCCAAUGCCAAGUUUUACAAAACCCCUGUGAGAACAACCCUUGUGCAAAUGGAGGCACUUGUAUUCAGACACCGGGAUCAUGCAGCACCUUCCAAUGCCUCUGCACAGAGUGCUUUACUGGAGCUCUCUGUACAUUACCUUUCAGUGCUUGUAGUAGUUUCCCGUGUAUGAAUGGAGGCCUGUGUUUCCAAGAUGGUAACUCGUGCCUGGCGUAUGCUUGUCAGUGCCUAGGGUGCUUCACUGGUACGCAGUGUGAGAAUGCAAUUAACCCUUGCAGUAGUAAUCCAUGUGGAUCAGGAGGGCUUUGCUCUCAAAGUAAUGUGAACUGCAAUCAGUAUACAUGCAUGUGUACAGGCUGCAACCAAGGGACUAAUUGUGAUCUGAUUCCACAGCCCUGUAAUCCUAACCCAUGUCGAAAUGGUGGAUCAUGUAUUCAACUUGGCUGUAAUGAUUACCGUUGUCAGUGUGCCCCAUGUUGGACGGGUGUCAACUGUGAUAUAACCCUGGACCUCUGCGCCACACAGAACUUUUGUCAAAAUGGUGGAUCCUGUCUUCAAAAUGCAGAUUGUUCAUCAACACUCUGCUUCUGUGAUUCCUGUCAUACCGGGACCAACUGCGAACUUGAUGUUGAUAUGUGUGUUGUAGCUGGUAACCCAUGUCAGAACGGAGGUCUAUGUCAGAGUAAUUGUCCGUCCUAUUUGUGUACAUGUGGACAGUGCUGGACAGGACAAGACUGCUCAAUACCUGUUAAUGCCUGUGCAUCUAAUCCAUGUGGAAAUGGUGGAAGCUGUUCAAAUUCAUGUUCGUCAUAUACAUGCUCUUGCACUGCAUGUUGGACGGGACCAAACUGUGAAACAUCUGUGAAUGUGUGUAGCAGUCAACAGUGUUUCAAUGGAGGUACCUGCAUUGUUUCUGCGGAUUGUUUGUCUACUGUUUGCCAGUGUCCGAGCUGCUUUUCAGGUUCAAGGUGUGAAGUAUUUUCUAAUCCAUGUAUCCCAAACCCAUGCCAGAACAAUGGCAUUUGUGAAGUCACACCCGGUUCUAAUUGCUUGGGUUUUACAUGUCAGUGUCAUCCAUGCUACCAAGGACCAUUAUGUUCCCAGAGCAUUGAUGUUUGUGCAUCCAACCCAUGUGGAGCCUUUGGAACCUGUCUUGAGGUCUCAUGUUUACAAUACGUAUGCCAGUGUGACUCCUGCCACAGUGGGCCAAAUUGCAAUAUAGAACGUGACCCAUGUAAUAUGAACCCUUGUGUCAAUGGAGGCUCUUGUAUAGCAUCACAGACAGGAUGUGAUGAGUUCACAUGUCUAUGUCCUUCAUGCCUCACAGGAUCAUCAUGUCAAAUGUCUAUUGAUCAGUGUCAGCCAAAUCCAUGUCAAAACAAUGGGCGAUGCUUCAAGAUGGAUAACUCAUGUUCAAGCUUUUUCUGUUUUUGUGAUGGAUGCUUUACUGGAGCGACAUGUGAGACAGCUCUCAACCCAUGUGAAACAAACAGAUGUGUGAAUGGAGGCACGUGCCAACCAACCAUAGGAGACUGCAGUCAGUCAUCAUGCCUGUGUCAAGGGUGCUUUACUGGGGAAUUCUGCGAAAUAGCUCUAAAUCCUUGCAACGGUAAUCCGUGUGGUAUUGGUGGUGUGUGUACUCCUUCUUCGUGUACCUCCUACUCCUGCCAAUGCGAUUCCUGUCACUCUGGAAUAAACUGUCAAACAGAUGUAAAUGUUUGUUUGCUGGCCAAUCCUUGUCAGAAUGGAGCAAGUUGUUUUUCAGCCAGUGACUGCGAGUCGGCUUUCUGUUCAUGUACCUCGUGUUAUACAGGACAGUUCUGUGACCAAGAGAUUGACUUUUGUCUAGGCAGAAAUGACGUAUGCCUUAAUGGUGGAUUAUGUGUCACUAGUUGCCCGGAUGUACGAUGCAUUUGCAGUCAGUGUUUCACAGGAGACCAAUGUGAAAUUGCCAUUGAUGCUUGUGAAUCUAACCCAUGCUUUAAUGGAGGAACUUGCGUGAAUCAGUGUUCCAGUUUUACCUGUCAGUGUCCACCUUGUUACACCGGUCUUCAGUGUCAAUCUUACCAGGGUGCAUGCACUUUGAACAGAUGUGAAAAUGGAGGUGUAUGUGUAGAAUCGGCAAUAUCGUGUUUUACCUUCUCAUGUAUGUGUAGCGGAUGCUACACUGGAACAUUCUGUAAUAUGUUGCUGAGCCCGUGUUCACCCAACCCUUGUAGCAAUGGAGGUACCUGUAAUCCUGCACCUGGAUCAUGUACAGAUUAUACCUGCUCAUGUCCGGGUUGCUGGACAGGGAUUAACUGUUUGACCUUCGACAACCCUUGCCAGAGUAAUCCAUGUGCAAAUAAUGGAUUAUGUCAGCUGACCGGUAGUGCUUGCAACUCCUAUACAUGCCAAUGUGAUGGGUGCUGGGUUGGACAGUUUUGUACCAUAGACAUGAAUGCCUGUUCACCAUCCCCAUGCCUCAAUGGAGGGACUUGUCUAAGGUCCAACUCAGAUUGCAAUGAUUUCUUCUGCCAAUGCACAGGAUGCUUCACUGGAUCUCAAUGUCAACAAGCGAUCAAUCCCUGUAUAGGAAAUCCUUGUCAGAAUGGAGCCAUUUGUACACAAUCUUCAUUUUCCUGUACACAGUUUGAGUGUACAUGCAUCGGAUGUUUUACUGGACCAACCUGCUCAACAGCUAUUGAUCAGUGUGUCAACAACCCUUGUGCUAAUGGUGGGACAUGCUUCAAGUCAGAUAACUCUUGUGAAGAUUAUUUCUGCCUUUGUACUGACUGUUGGUCUGGAGAGGACUGCACAAUAGCUACUGACCCAUGCAGCACUAACCCAUGCCUCAAUGAUGGGACCUGUAUUACUCAACAGACCAACCCCUCACAAUGUCCUACCUACACCUGUCAGUGUCAGUCAUGCUUCUCGGGAGAGGUCUGCCAAACAUUUGUUGAUGUAUGUACUAACGCACAAUGCCAGAACAAUGCCUUGUGUGAGCCAGUCCUUGUUGCUAAUCAGAUCUGUCCAGUACCACAGUGCGAGUGUAUCGACUGCUGGAUGGGAAAUGACUGCACCGAAGCCGUUGACCCGUGUCUAAGUAACCCCUGUUUUAAUUCUGGUACCUGUUUGACUGUCACUGGACAGGGAAGCACUCUGUGUCCAUACUUCAUAUGUCAGUGUCCAACUUGUUUGACUGGACCAAGAUGCCUUACAGUUGUGAACCCCUGCAGUACCAAUCCCUGCAACAAUGGAGGAACAUGUGCCCAGAGUGCCACAGAUUGUACCCAAUACGUGUGCCUCUGCCCUGCCUGCUACACUGGGCAAACCUGCUCCACUUCAAUCAACGUUUGUGAUUCAAACCCAUGCAUGAACGGCGGUACCUGCUUCCAGAGUGGUCAGUCUUGUGAUUCCUUCUUCUGCCGAUGUCCUGACUGCUUCGAUGGAGAACAAUGUCAAGAACCGAUCAGCCCUUGUGACCCAAAUCCUUGUCUUAACGGAGCGACUUGCAUGACCAGUGGUACUUCAUGUACUGAUCACAUCUGUCUGUGUCCAAGGUGUUUCCAAGGACUGUCUUGUGAAAUACCUGUAAAUCCAUGCAGUAUCAACCCAUGCCAGAACAGUGGUCUCUGUAUGCCAUCCGUAGGCGACUGUGUGGAUUAUACGUGCCAAUGUACUUCAUGCUGGUCCGGCCCAUUGUGUACAAUCGGAAUGGAUGUGUGUUCUAGCAAUCCUUGUCAAAAUGGAGGAGUUUGUGAGUCAACUUCUAAUUGCUCAGCCUAUGUUUGUCUGUGCGCGAACUGCUGGGAUGGAGCCACUUGCGAAAUUGACCUGGGUAUCUGUGCCACAGGGAACCCUUGCCAAAAUGGUGGUGCGUGUAUUCAAGAUCCCACUGUAUGUUCAUCAUCUUCUUGUGAUUGUCCAGAAUGCUAUGAAGGCGACACAUGUCAACUUGAACUGGACGGUUGCUCUGUAAAUCCUGAUUUCUGUCUAAAUGGUGGUACAUGUAUGAAUGACUGUCCAUCGAAACUCCAACCAGCCUGCCAAUGUACUGAAUGUUGGACUGGACCACAAUGUGAAACAGCCGUCGAUGUAUGCGAUUCCAACCCAUGUGUGAAUGGAUCAUGUGUAAAUCAGUGUUCCUCAUAUACAUGCCAGUGCAAUACAGGAUACAGUGGUACCAACUGUGAAAGAGAUGUGUGCAACCCAUCACCAUGCCAGAAUGCUGGUACCUGUCAUUAUGUCAAUGGAACGUCAUCUUACACCUGUCAGUGUGAUGAUUGUCAUCAGGGCCCACUGUGUGAGCUAGAUGUCAACACUUGUUUCAGUCAGCCAUGUCUGAAUGGAGGAACAUGUGAAAACAUGUGUACUCAUUUUAACUGCCAUUGUACAACAUUAUGGACUGGAGCUUUCUGUGGAAAUAGAGUGAACUUCUGUUUGAGUUCUCCAUGUCAGAAUGAUGGCCAGUGCACCAAUGAUCCAUCUGGUAAUGUAUCCUGUGCAUGUCGACCAGGUUUCACAGGAACAUUUUGUGAGACAGAUAUCGAUGAAUGCAUGAUUAACCCCUGCCUCAAUGGAGGAACAUGUACCCAGCUAUCUAUUGUUGGAUACUUCUGCAACUGCCAACAGAACUUUGCAGGAGACAACUGCGAAACCACUGUUGGAUGUAGUGCGAAUUUCAGCCUCCCAGCUGAUGGUCAAGUUGAGCUGACGUCACCAAACUAUCCCAAUAACUACCCAGAUGAUGCUCAAUGUCUCUGGUCUUUUGUAAUGCCAUCUGGGAGGAGAUUCAGAGUGGUCUUUGGAAACUUUACAACCGAGGCUAACUAUGACUAUCUGCAGAUUGGAAAUGGAUUAGAUCCUAAAGACAUGAGUACCAGGGUCAUCUACCAUUCAGGGGCAACACAACCAAGCAACUUUAUAUCCUCUGGAAACAUGUUGUGGGUGUGGUUUACAACAGAUAGUAGCAAGACAUAUCCUGGGUUUUCUGUCGAGAUCAAGGAUAAUAGUAUACCAGUGAUUCCACCGUGCUCUAGUAACCCCUGCCUUAAUGGAGGAACAUGUGAGGACACCAUAGAGAGUUAUGUAUGCAUCUGUACUUUCAACUGGGCUGGCCUCUAUUGUCAAAAUGAAGUAUCCUGUAAUCCUAGCCCCUGUUUGAAUGGAGGAACUUGUAAUCCUCUAGCUGAUGGCAGUAUCAGGUGUGUGUGUCCUAGCGGCUUUCUUGGUGAUAGAUGUGAAACAGCACUCUCAGAGACAUGCACCAAUGAUCCUUGUUUUAAUGGAGGUACCUGUAUCCAAGACACACCCUCUUCUAUAGUAUGUAUGUGUCCACAGGGAGUCACUGGUCAACUAUGUCAGUCAGACGUAGACGAAUGUUUGUCCCUGCCGUGCAUCAACAGUGGUACCUGUAUCAACGGGGUUAAUCAGUUUUACUGCAGUUGCCCAGAUGCUUACUCAGGGAUUACCUGUGAAAUACAAGUGUUGUGUUUAGAGAACCAUUGUCUAAACGAUGGUCGCUGUAUUCCUCUACCUGAUGGUAACUACACAUGUCAGUGUACUGAAGCAUGGACUGGAAGCAUAUGUGAUCAAGAUGUAAAUGAAUGUCUGAACAACCCUUGUGUAGCAGGUUCUUGUGAGAAUCACCUUGAUGGAUUUACAUGUCGUUGUGAAGACAGAUUUACUGGACCUAGGUGUGACAUUGACACUGGUGUUGGCUGUCUUACAAACCCAUGUGGUUUUAAUGGUAUAUGCAGUGAUCUUGAGGAUGGUCAAUUUCUAUGUACAUGCAAUCCAGGAUAUACUGGAGAUCGUUGUGAGACAAAUAUUGAUGAUUGUUCUAGUUCCCCAUGUGUGAAUGGUGGCCGUUGUGUAGAUUUAGUAAAUGGCUACCAGUGUGUGUGUACUGUUGGAUAUACAGGGCCACAAUGCUCCAUUGAUAUUGAUGAGUGCCUGAGUGGACCUUGUCAGAACAAUGGUCUAUGUGUAGAGGUCGUCGGUAAAUACAUGUGCUUCUGUGGAGCAGGUCACUCUGGAAUCAACUGUGAACGAAGUCUUCCAGAAGAAGGUCAACAGGAGACAGGAGAUGGUUUUGUUUUGGAACCUUGGUGGAUUGGUGUCAUAGCAACGCUUCUCUUCCUAAUGGUCCUCUUUCUCUCAGUCCUCUGCUGGUCCUACAGAAAUCCUAUCAAACGGAAAGAGGCUAAACUGGGCUUGUAAAGAAAUUCUGCCACAAAGUUUCGUUCAUUUUCAUCUAUGAGCAAAGCAAACAAAAUCAUGUUUAUUGUACGGUUUAAAAGGGAAGUGCACAUUGAGAUCAGGUUAGUUUUAAUAAACAGCAGAAGAUAACAGGAAAGUAUUAAUGGAAAGUUUGAUGGAAGAACAAUACAGUUGUGAAUUUUUAAAAAUCUUAUUUUUGCAACAUCAUGUGUGUUCAAUUUUUUUGUGAUAAUGAUGAUAAUAGUAAUGAUAAUAUGAAACACGUUAUAUAUUACUGAAUGCAAUGUUCCAAAGCACUGCAUAUUAUUACUUCGGAUUUAGCAUGGCUACCUUGAUUGGGCAUUCUGGCAUUCAAGGACUUUGAAUCAUGAUAAAUGAUUUUAUUUUGUUUUACAAACUAAAAAUGCUCGUCUGUAAAAUUGCACUUGAUUUAUAUUAUUUUAAUUUACUUUGUAUUAUGUUUUGAAUAGAAAUGGAAUAAAGAAUUGAAUGGAAUUGAAUUAGAGAAGGUGCUAUUAACAGUACAAAAUUGAAGCUUUUUGUAAAGUCUAUGAAUCCAAUAUAUUCUACAGACAUUUUCGCCAGACUUUAAUUUGCCUAAUUCUGUAUUUAAUUAAAACCUAUUCGAUGUCAUGGUGAUCUUUUACUUUAAAUAUAAAGCAUUUUAUAAAUCUAAAUGAUAGAACUCUUCUAUAUAAUGUGUGUAAGUUUUGUUAAAAAGGCUGACAUGGGGGGGGUCCUGACCUAUCAAUACCAUCUACAAAAGAAAAACUCUCACCCUAAUAAAGGUUAAUGGUUAUAACAAUUUGAGUGGGUACAUGGCUUAUGUGAUACAAUCUAUUUAAAAUCCCUAAGAAAAGUGAGAUGAACAAUGUUUACUUUUUUUGAAAAUGGAAAUCCAAUAUUGUGUUAAAUUUGACAUUAUAUUAAAAAAAUAACAUCAUACCUCAAACUUUUUUUCUUUCCUAAUCUUUCUUAUUCUCAUUCUUUUUCUUUGUAGUUUUUGAUCAUGGGACUUGUGGAGGCUAUCCCCCCACCCAGUCUGUAUGCUAGUGAUCCCAUGCAAGAAUGUACUAAUUAAGAUCAAUUGUAAUCAAAAUAGAUCAAAUCUGUCAUAAGUCUAUUGGCCUAUAGCUUUGAAAGUAAAUAUUGGUGACCAUACCAUUCCCUGAAUCCCUGGCAAGGAUUAAUUUACAGUUAAAAUCAAUUUUGAUUGAGAUAUAUCAGUAGGCCCUACUCUUAAAACUUUAUUGGCCUAAAACUUUGAAAUCUUUUUCAUGUUUUAUUCGAUAUGGUGCUAGAGGCACAGCCAGUUUAUUUUUAUAAGAGAUGGGAGGUAAGACGCAUCAUUAUUUAUUCUCGAGAUGCUUGUUUUUUGUGAAUAUAUUUGUAUCAAUCUGAACAUCUAUAAUAGCCUAAAAUAUUAUUUGUAUUUAGUCAAAAUUCUCCCAUUGUGUUUGCUUUAUAAUGUGACGAUGAAUAAGAUAAAUUAUGUCAUAAAUAUUAGCUAAAUAUCUCAGCAGAAUGAUGGUCACUAACUUUAUGAGGUCAGUCUUUUUGGCUCAUUAACAUGAUUAAUAUACUUUGUUAUAUCUUUAAAAGCAUUCUAUAUUUUAUCAUUCAACUUGUUCAGUGCGAAAUCUAAGGUGAUUUUAUUAUGCUCGUAUACCUGUUAUAUAAGAAGAAAUCACUCAUUUUGCAAUAAAAUUUGGUU